AACGUGGUCCUUUCGGUCGGUUAUGUCAGCUUGUUGAGUUCAGUCUAAGACACUGUCCCCGUCGAGGGCCUGGCCAAUGGCCGCCUGCCGUGGGAGGUACAGAAGAUGGUCACGCGUGGGCCUGAGCUCCAGGAUUCAGAUCCACGUUGCAGGAGAGGAGCCUUUAACUCAGAAGCCAUUAUCAAUACCGGACAGUAUCCCCCGUGCCAGAGGAGAGGGAUUUUGCCUCCUGAAGGAGAAUGUGGCCUCAAGGGGCCAUCUUUGUGGCCCUGCCCCUCCUGGGGCCCAUCCUGGUCUGGCUCCUCGCCCCUCAUAGGAUGUCUGGUUGGUGUGACAACCUGAGGAAGCUGCCCUGGUGCCCACCCCACAAAAUCUUGUUGCUUGUGUGGACCGCCAUCUACUGUGUCAUGGGCUAUGCCUCCUACCUGGUGUGGAAGGACCUGGGAGGGGGCUUCGGGCGGCACCUGGCCCUGCCUCUCGGCCUCUAUGCUGUGCAGCUCGCCAUCAGCUGGACCGUCCUGACUCUCUUUUUCGCAGCCCACACCCCUGGUCUGGCCCUGCUGCACCUGCUGCUGCUCUACGGGCUGGUGGUGACCACGGCGCUGAUCUGGCACCCCAUCAACAAGCUGGCCGCCCUGCUCCUGCUGCCCUACCUGGCCUGGCUCACUGUCUCCGCUUCCAUCACCUACCGCCUGUGGAGGGACAGUCUUUGUCCAGAUCACCAGCCUCAGCCCGAGGAGGAGAAGAGCGACUGAGGCACCGGGGCACAGGGAAGGAGGGGAAGGCCAGGGAGGGGUGGAAGGGACUGCAGGCAGGCUGGGGGGUCUGGGGGGAGUGGGAGGUGGCCAGGCAUUGACGAGUCCCUGAAGGUGAUUCACCCCAAUGCGGCCACUGUCCUCACUCCCCUGAUGCCAGUUUUCAUUAGAAUUCAGAGAAAUGGGAAAGAGGAAAGAAACUUACUUUAUACUUAAUAUAAGAUAAUAAAUCCUAUAUUAAUAAGUAUUAAUUUAGUAAUAUCAAUUAAUAAAACCCUGAGACUAACUUUGG